UACUUACAGUUUUGUUUUGUUAUACUGGGAUCCGCUUUAGUUGUCUCCAGCCAGGAAUGUUUCGAAUUACAGAUAAAAGAAGAAACUUUUUUCGAGACCAUACCAAGCUUAAAGACUAGAACAAGAGCAGUCAAAAUGGGGAGGCAUUACAAAAUUAAAGUUGAGUACCACGAAGUCAUUGAAGAAAAAAGUGUACAACGGAAUGUGACAGUCAACUCCACAAAGUGUUGCCAAGGUUACCAAAAAGAGAGAGAUAAAUGUAUACUGAAGCAAGUGUCAGCCAUUUUGAAGCCUAAUGUUUCGGACGCCAUGAAGGUGUCGUCUCUGGCUGUUCCGGUAGUCAUGCUGAUCCUCAUGUUCACCGUGUCCAUCGCCAUUGUUCACCGCCUCUACUCCAAAGAUACACCGUGUAAAGGAAAAAGCAGAGAAAAAGACGAUACUGAAAAAUCAGUCAUUAAAAGAAAUGAUGAGUUUUACACACAGAUUGAAGGUAGGGAGGAAGGUAGUAGAGAAUAUGAUGAGCUGCGCGGUCCCCACCGGAACACAGCGGGGAGUCGGCUAUACGAGGAAGUGAGAAUUACGCAAUCAGCUGACUGCAGGAACUAAUGUGACUUACGAACAAACAUCAUAAAAUAAUUAAACUGCUGCUGAAUACCUCAGGAAAUCAAUUAAAACACGAAAUAGUCAACAAUUAUCAUUCUAAGGAAUGGUAUUUGCUUAUAGUAAUGAUUUCAUUUUAGAGAUGUGUUCAUAACAAACGUAUACAAACAAGUAAACAUUUGUUUUACUCAAAACGAUUCGAUUUUCUAUUUCUUCAAAUAAGAAUCGGCAGAUUUACGUCAAUUGUUAAUUUUCAAUACUUAU